AAUGAACAAACGCGUUUGCUGAAUGGGACAUUUUUGAAUUUGUACCGCAAGAGGAGAAGCCGGAGUGGGAGUGAGUGGAAGUUGUAUCGGAACAAUAAUAAAAAAAGGAAAACAAACAAAAUAAACAUCAAGGGUUAUCCCAGAUUGAAUUUUUUUUUUUUUUUAAUUGGAGGCCAUGAAGAACAGGAAGAGUGAGGUUUUAGCUUUCGCUCUUGUGUCUGGGAUUAACAAGGCAAUAGCACGACUGGUGGACAUCUGGGAUAACAUAGGAAUACAGGAAGAACAAAGGGUGGAGCGUAUGGAGGCAGUCAAGAAACAUAUUGAGCUCUUGAUGAAUGAAAUGAUUAUAGAGGAAGAAAAUUUAAAGCUAAGAAUCUUAAAGAACAUAAGUGCUUGUCGAGAGGAACUGGAUAUACUGUAUCACGAGCUGUCCCUAGAACCUUAUCAAAUUGAUCAGAGUCAGACUGUUCUGCAAUUGGAAAAGGACCUACGAACAAAAUUGGAGAAUCUAGUGAAAGAGAAAACUGACCGUCUGAAAGAGUUGAAAUCCCUUCAAGAGGAGGAGAAGUCCCUCUGCAUUGAUCUUUGUGCCACUCCCUAUUACAUUCCCACAGGCAGUAUACCUUCCCACCAGCAGCUCCAAGAUCUUAAGGAACAUAUCAAACGUCUUUCACUGGAGCGGGAAAGCCGUGUUGAAGUGUUUUCUGGACUUAGGCAAGAAAUCAGUCAGUUAAUGAACGAAAUUGGUCACAAUCCUGAAACAACUCUGGAGAAAGAUGCAGUUUGUGAUGAUGCAGACACCUUCCUUCUCACAAGUGAAAACAUCAAAGCCCUGAAAUUAAUUGUGUGCCAGUUGGAGGUGAAAAAGGAAACCCUGAUCUCAACACGAGACAAUUUAAUGGAAAAGGUCUCUAAUUUGUGGAAUCGACUAGAGUUUUCACAAGAGGAAAAAAAUCAUUUUGAAAACAAUAUUAAGGGCUCGCUUUCUGUGGAGGUUAGAAAGUUGCAAAAUGAGCUGGACCGCCUUGAUGAACUCAAAAGGGCUAACAUGGAAGAAGUCAUUGAAAACAUCAGGCACGAAUUGAUGGAGUACUGGGACAAGUGCACUUUCAGCACUGAACAGAGAGAAGCCUUUGCAGCCUUCUAUUCGGAUGACUUCAAAGAGGAGUUGCUAAUCAAGCAUGAAGAGGAGCUUGCACGGCUGAAAAAUUACUAUGCUCAGUGCAAGGUGUUGUUCGAAGCUGUUAACAAAUGGGAACACAACUGGCAGCUAUUCCAGGAUUUUGAGAAGAAAGCAUCUGAUCCAAACAGGUUUUCUAACAGAGGGGGUACUUUGCUAAGAGAGAGCAAAGAAAGGGCAAAAAUACAGAAGAUGUUACCGAAGCUUGAGGAAGAAAUAAAGGGUUACAUUGAAGCAUGGGAAGCUGAGCAGGGCACAGCUUUUUUUGUCAAGGGACAGAGAUUUAUGGAUUAUGUGGCCAACCAGUGGGAGGAGCUCAAAACACAGAAGGAAAAAGAAAAGAGUCAACGUUUAAAGAAAGGGGACAAUUCCGCUUUGAGAACUCCACCUGUCAAAAGACCACAUGGGGGAAAUAGUAUAAUGAAUACGCCGAGCAAGACUAGAAAGCUCACUGGCACCCCAAAUGCAUCUGUUAUGCGAACAACAGUUAGCAGCACAAGCAGCAACAGCACAGGCAGCAACAGUAUAGGCAGCACAUUUCACAGUGUAACAGGGAAGCCUCCUCUCUCUGUGCAGAAGACCCCACACCGGAGUAGGCUUCCAGAUAUUUCACACCUAACCCCUUUACAAGAGUUCAAAAGUGACAAGCCUGCUGCCAGCUAUACGCAAUUUGCAGUAAGUUCAAAUAAAGAACUUGAAAAGAAGUCGAAUAACAUAGAAGCCAUACUGAAUUCCACAGCAAAGGAUGUCCUCCACUAACUUCCUGUUCUCUUGCAGUUGAACUGUUCCUUUCUCUGCCUAGUCGUAAGAAUUUGAAUGUUUGCACAGUUAAUUACUGGUGGGUUAUCCUGUAGUCCAUAAUCUGUCCAAAGAAUUGGGUUAAGUUUUAUAUAUAUAAAAUUAAACUUUGUUACACCAUAAGACAUUCCACCACUGCCAUUGUAGAUUAUAAUUGUAGAUUUGAGGUUUGGUAGUACUUGCUUUAGGUUGUUACUGGCCGUUUAGAAAUACUGAGGAAAAACUUAUGAAUUGGGGAAUUUUAAGAAAUAUGCAUGGAAUCAAAACCUUGCGGGGGUUCUACACCAUUUAAUUGUAAUUUUAUUUUAUUUUUUCCAAUGUACUUUGUUUUAUCUGGAUAAGCUUGCUUUUGCAUUUAUAAAUGUCAUUGUGUGUGUGUGUGUGUGUGUGUACAUACUAUGUGUGGAAGGAGUUAUGAUACAUUGAGCAUUUUAGAUGCUGGAUUUAUUUUUUACUUUGUUAUAGUUCCUGUAUUCUCUAUUAAACCAUUCUAAAUUUACAUAUGAAUAUACAGCUGAAAUAUUUUUUUUAAUAUGCAUGCACUUUGAAACUAGUAGCUACAAACCAGAUUAAGAGUAUGGGUAUACUGUUUAGCAUUAAUUGCAAACUACAUACAUUUGUUGGUAGAAAAAAAAUUUUCAUUUGAUUGGAACAAUACAUUUACUUUCAUCCUGACCGUGAAUCAUAUGAUCUGGACUGCAACUUACAAUGAGCUUCAUGUUUAAGUUUCAUUUAUUCUCUUUAAAUGUAAACCUGACAGCAGUACUGGUUGUAAAGUGGAAUAUAUGAAGAUAUCGACUGUUUCUGAAAUGUGUGAGGUUAAGACAAUUGUUUACCAAAUUAAGAUUAUAUCAAAGAAAGAAAUAUGCCGUUAUGCUAAUAAAUGUCCCCACAAAAGGA